AGAAAAAAAUGGUAAGGGGCUUCCUCUUCCGUCUGGUUUUAACUUUCCCAGAGGGUUUGACGGCGAUAGGAAAUAAUAAGAUAAUGGGAGAAAAUAGGCGUACGCAAAAUGUGUCCUCACAUCCUGUUUUUCACUUCCUCCUCCAUGGUCGUGAAUGAACCAGUUUCGGACGGUCUGUACGCGCACGGAAUAUACCACAGCACAUUGUCAAUAUUGCACACGCGCCCUUUCUGUGGACACUUUACAGGCCACAUAAGUUGUAGAAGACAUUUGUGCACGGUGAAAUUCUGAAUCCGUAUUUUUCCCGCAAUAUGAGUGAUUUCUGACAGCAAGAGGCCAGAGGGUUCUGUGGGACCUUUAAACACUUCUGACAGGAUGGAGAAGAAAGACGUGAAGAUCAUCAACCAGGGCCUGGAGAACGAGAUGGAGGUGUGGGGUUACCGGCCGUGCCCCUGGAAGAUGGUUCUGGUGGCCGUUGGGGCGGUGUGCACCGGGGGGCUGCUGUUUCUGGUGCUCUACUGGCUGCCUGAGUGGGGAGUGAGAGGGACCUGCACACGGACCCCCUUCAUCAGGGAGGCCCAGACACUGCUGCUAAGAUCCACGGACGAGUUUCGGAGGUGGUUCCGGACCAAGGUACAUGUGAUGCUAGCCCCUGGAAAGAGACCCUUUGACGAUGUCGAUCUCCUAAGCCCUCUGCACAUACCUAAUGGGGACAGUAUACACUCCUUCAGUGCCCUCCAAGAUGGACAUCAGGGAAAAUACAUCCAUAUCCAGCCAGUUCAGGUUUGCUACUUCACCCACCACAGCACAAAAUACUACUGGAAUGAUCUGCUUCAGAAUUUUGAAGUGUUUAAAGGUUUGGAGGAUGUCAGGGUGACUUGUUCCAGCAUCCACACUGACCACAGCUCUGGUCUCAGCAAACUACUUCAGGACUACAGGAGACUGUUCUUUGAAGUGAAUGAGAUAGCAGUUAGGGUGCCAUCUGUGUUCAAGCUACUCAUAAAAGAGGUCCUGAAUCCGUUCUACAUAUUCCAGCUCUUCAGCGUGAUUCUGUGGAGCAUUGAACAGUAUUACUACUACGCCGCUGCCAUAGUCUUCAUGUCUGUCAUAUCCAUAGCUACCUCGCUGUACACCGUCAAGAAGCAAUACAUCAUGCUGCAUGACAUGGUGGCAACCCACAGUAUUGUACGUGUCUCAGUGUGCAGAGGGACUCUAGAUGUCGAGGAGGCCAUGUCCACAGAGCUGGUCCCUGGUGAUGUCAUCGUCAUCCCGUCCAAUGGAAUGAUCAUGCCCUGUGACGCCGUGCUGGUUCAUGGAAACUGCAUCGUCAACGAGAGCAUGCUGACAGGUGAGAGUGUGCCUGUCACCAAGACCAGCCUACCCAGCUCAGGAGAAGAUGGGGCUGGCCUCUAUAGCAUAGAGGAACACAAGAGACACACGCUGUUCUGUGGCACUCACAUCAUUCAGACUCGCUUCUACACUGGGGAACUGGUCAAGGCCGUGGUGGUCAGGACUGGUUUCAGCACAGAGAAGGGCCAGCUGGUACGCUCCAUCCUGUACCCCAAGCCCACUGACUUCAAGCUGUACAGAGAUGCCUAUCUCUUCCUGCUCUGUCUGGUGGGAGUGGCCGGCAUUGGCUUCAUCUACACCAUCGUCCUCAGCAUCAUAAACCAGGUUCCAGCCAAAACCAUAGUGGUUGAGUCUCUGGACAUUAUCACCAUCACGGUGCCCCCAGCGCUGCCUGCAGCCAUGACAGCUGGCAUAGUCUAUGCCCAGCGCCGGCUGAAACGUGUGGGUAUCUUCUGCAUCAGCCCCCAGAGGAUCAACAUCUGUGGCCAACUCAACCUCAUCUGCUUCGACAAGACUGGUACUCUCACUGAAGAUGGUUUGGACCUUUGGGGGAUCCAGAGAGUUGAAAAUGGCAGCUUCUCUCCCCCAGAGGAUGACCCAGCCAAUGAGACCCUAGUCAGGUCCUCGUUUGUGUCUUGCAUGGCCACCUGCCAUUCUCUGACCAAGCUAGAGGGAGAACUCUCCGGAGACCCACUGGACCUCAAGAUGUUCAACGCUACAGGCUGGAUUCUAGAGGAGCCAACAGAGGAAGAAACAGCCCUCCACAAUCCAAUAAUGCCCACUGUGGUGCGGCCACCCAAACAGGUGCUCCCAGAGGUCAACCAGGAAGUCAAUCUAGCACAGAACAUGGAGCUGUCUGAGCUGACGUUGUCCUAUGAAAUUGGGAUCGUCCGCCAGUUUCCUUUCUCGUCAGCUCUACAGAGGAUGAGUGUGGUGGUCCGGAAGCUGGGGGAGAAGCGCAUGGACGCCUACCUCAAAGGGGCGCCAGAGGUUGUGGCCAGCCUCUGCACAGAGGACACAAUACCAGAGAGCUUCACAGAGACCCUGGAGUCUUACACCAGGCAGGGGUUCAGAGUCAUAGCCUUGGCCCAUCGCCAGCUGGAGGCCAAACUCUCCUGGCACAAGGUCCAGAACCUCAACAGAGAUCUCAUAGAGACCAAUAUGGAGUUCCUUGGGCUCAUAAUCAUGCAAAACAAGCUAAAGGAAGAGACUGCUGGGGUUUUAAAAGACCUGCGACGUGCAAACAUCCGCACUGUGAUGGUUACAGGCGAUAAUAUGCUAACCGCUAUAUCAGUAGCCAGAGACUGUGGCAUGAUAACCCCUCAUGAGAGGGUCAUCAUAGCAGACGCCACACCUCCCAAAGACAUCCAGCCUGCUACGAUCAAUUGGCACUACACAGAGAACCACACCAGCAAAGACAAUCGUGUUGAGUCAGUGGAAAUCAGCCUUGAGGAUGUGGGCCAUGUGGCUUAUGGUGAGCAGCACAAGCAGCAGGAGCACGGCUACCACUUUGCUAUGAGUGGCAGGUCCUUUGCUGUCAUCACUGAACACUUCCCUGACCUAGUCCAAAAGCUGGCACUGCGUGCCACAAUAUUCGCCCGCAUGGCUCCUGACCAGAAGACUCAGCUGGUAGAGGUCCUACAGAGUGUGGACUAUACUGUAGGGAUGUGUGGUGAUGGUGCCAAUGACUGUGGCGCCCUAAAGAGAGCUCACAGUGGGAUCUCUCUGUCAGAGCUGGAGGCCUCAGUCGCCUCCCCCUUCACCUCCUCCAUCGCCAACAUCUCCUGUGUGCCCAACCUCAUUAGAGAGGGGCGAGCUGCUCUCAUCACCUCCUUCUGUGUGUUCAAGUUCAUGGCCCUGUACAGCAUCAUCCAGUACCUCAGUGUCACGCUCCUCUACUCUAUCCUCAGCAACCUGGGAGACUUCCAGUUCCUCUUCAUUGACGUUGCUAUCAUUCUGAUCAUUGCCUUCACAAUGAGUCUGAACCCGGCGUGGAAGGUUCUGGUGGCACGGCGCCCCCCGUCCAGUCUAAUCUCAGGCCCUCUGCUGUUCUCCGUGCUGACCCAGAUCCUCACCUGUCUGGCCUUCCAGGUCCUGGCCUUCCUCUGGGUCCGGGGCCAGAACUGGUACGAGAAAUGGACGCCCCUCUCAGAUGCCUGUAAUGUUUCCAGUGCCAAUCUCACCCAUGGUCCCAACAUAACGUCACAUGUCGACCACAAGAACAUCAAAAACUAUGAGAACACUACACUCUUCUACGUCUCCUCCUUCCAGUACCUGGCAGUGGCCAUCAUCUUCUCCAAGGGAAAACCUUUCAGACAGCCAAGCUAUAAAAACUGGCCGUUCAUGCUAUCCUGUAUGGCUCUGUACAUAUUCCUCUUCAUGAUCAUGCUGUAUCCUGUUCCUGCCAUCGACAAUUUCCUGGAGAUUGUGUGUGUUCCCCAUGAAUGGCGCGUAACAGUGGUCAUCAUUGUCCUAGUGAACGCUGCUGUGUCUUUCCUAUUGGAGUCUGCUAAUGAGCGUUGGUGCACGGCGUUCCUCUCCUGGCUGUUCGGUCAGAAGGAGAAGACCCCCAGAGUGCGCUACAUGCAAGUCGCCCAGGAGCUGCAGGAGGACCCCGACUGGCCCCCCAAACCUGCUACCGUCACCUACACCACCAGCACCCCCCACCACACUGUCAGCAUGUGACACAUGGCCACAAAAAAAGAAUUAUUUAACGAGGCAAGUCAGUUAAUAACAAAUUCUUAUUUACAAUGACGGCCUACCCCGGCCAAACCCUCCCCUAACCCGGACGACGCUGGGCCAAUUGUGCGCCGCCCUAUGGUACUCCUGAUCAUGGCCAGUUGUGAUACAGCCCGGGAUCGAACCAGGGUCUCUAGUGAUGCCACUAGCACUGAGAUGCAGUGUCUUAGACCGCUGUGCCACUCGGGAGGCAUACAGUACCCAGUCUAGAACCUUUCAUUCCCUGGACCACUAACUGGUUUAUAACCAGUUUCAAGUCUAGAACCUUCCAUUCCCCGAACCAUUGACAGGUUUAUAACCAGUAUCAAGUAUAGAACCUUCCUUUGCCUGGACAAGUAGGGCUGUGAUGAUACCAGUAUCGCAAUAUUUUUUCCAUGGCAAAAAUGAAAACAUGAAGUAGACCAAACUCUUAGGUAUUUUAAAAACCUACUGUAAGUAAAAUAUUGUGUGCAAUAGGCAGAUUGGUUGUUGAGUAACAAAACGGACGCGUGCGUAACUAUGGGGAAAAACAGACAGGUUGGCUUAGAUUGUUGACAACAUGUCAACUAUAUUUAUUCUCCAAUGUUUAUUGAAAACCAAAAUCCAUUUGCACAAUGAGCACUUGUCUCUCAAAUACAUCGUAACAGUUGUUAGCUAGCUAGCGAAUUUGAGCCAUAUUAGCAUUGACAUAAAAUCAGUCAAAACACCUCAAAACAAGACAUGGUAUCAAGAAGAUGAAACUACCUGAAAUGAGUCACUUGCGAUUCCCCACAUGGCAGUUUCUUGUCAUUGUUGGUAUCUAUCUGGCCAUCCAGAAUCACAACAACUCAGACUUCUGCCCCAUUUUGAAGAGUGCGCAUCGUUUUCGUGACAUUGUCAGCUUACCCAUCUAUAGCUAGGAAAAUAAAUAAUUGUGACUCCAACAUAAGGGCUGGUUUCCUAAAGAAGUUAAAUCUGCUUCGUUUUUCUUUUCCAAGAUAAUAACAAGUAUCGCAAUACUGAUAUCGUCCCGGCUCUAGUUUAUAAACGAUAUCGAGUCUAGAACCUUCCAUUGCCUGGACAACUGACCUGGUUUAUAACCAAUAUCGAGUCUAGAACCUUCCAUUGCCUGGACAACUGACCUGGUUUAUAACCAAUAUCGAGUCUAGAACCUUCCAUUGCCUGGACAACUGACCUGGUUUAUAACCAAUAUCGAGUCUAGAACCUUCCAUUGCCUGGACAACUGACCUGGUUUAUAACCAAUAUCGAGUCUAGAACCUUCCAUUGCCUGGACAACUGACUGGUUUAUAACCAAUAUCGAGUCUAGAACCUUCCAUCACCUGGACAACUAGCCCCAUAUCCAGGACUAAACAAAAAUAAUCAUGUGAAAUCACAUCAUGAGCUUGUAAUCAGACUGUGAUCCUGUCAACUUCUUGACCAUAACUAGACCAUAACUGCUCCGUCCUUACCCAUAACCCCCAAAGCACACAUAGAACCCCAGCAAUGUGACUACUGACAGGCUGCCCCAUACUGGGUAUUUAUAACCCUCUUUUUGCUAUUAGUUGAGCCUUGGUGUAGAGGCCCAAAGAUGAUGUCUUUCCAAUACAGGGCUUGCCUUGCACUCACCACUGGUUGAUUUUUCAUCUUCACAAAGACUAAGAACUAUGGAAUCGUCCACUAACACUUUCUCACCUGCCUUGAUUGCUGCUCCAACGAAAUGUCAAGAGUUAAAGAGAACAUGUGUGAACAGGACCUUACUGAGGGAAAUGGAGGGAUUUUUUAUUUUUUAUCAACACACCCAGAUUAUGCAUUUUGAAAGCACUGUGUGUGUUUUAAGCGUGAGUGGUACUACUGUAUUUGCCAAGAUUGAAUAACAUUCCAAUGUACCAAUAAUAUAUUGCUGUGUUUCUCUGAGAAUUUGCUACGCUUUAUGAAUGUAAUUCUUCCUGUGGAAGUAUGUGAGUGUCCGUGACCCUUGUAAAACCUGAACACUUGA